AUGGGAAACACGGAUAGCGUUGUAGUGCAGAAACGUCUGGCUCAUUUUCGUCCUGAUGAGAGGCCAGUUAUUGAGGGGAUAUUUGACAGGCUUCAUGGAUCUGCUGCUGUUUCAUCUGGGAAAACAGGGACGAUUUUAUCCCUAGACAUGCUGUUGAUGACAAUGAGAGAUGUGGCUUCGGAAUCAAUGAUAAACAGAGUGUUCCAGGGAAUGCACAGUGUUGAUCCUGGAGUAGCACUGCCCCCUGGUGGUGGGGUAAGUCGAGAGCAGUUGGUGAUAUUCCUGGCAGACAUCUUUAGGGGAACUGCAGAGGAACGUGCACCUUUGGUUUUAGCAAUGGCAGGGGGUGAAAAAGCAGCUUCUGCCACAGCUGAGCAGAUCAGAGAUUUUGUGGAAGACCUGGUGUCGUCUGCAGUGCAGACUUUAGCCUACAGGGGGCAUCUACGAGCCUGGCAACCAGAUCGCAUGAGCGAUGGUCCUAAAGGUGUGAAGGCACUGGCAGAACAGUUGACCUCUGAAAUGAAACCUUCAGAUCAGAAUACGUGUGACGUUCUGGAAGACUGGUUGUUCCGGAUCCCGACAAUGGCUCUGUUCUUGGAGCUUCUAAUUGGUGAGGGGCUAGGGGUUAGGCUGCCCUCUCGCCCUCCUCCGACUCUGUUGCCCCAGUGUCAGUAUGCGCCCUGGAGUGACCUCCGCUGUCUCUUGAAUCUACCUCUUUUGAUGUUCCUGUCACCUCAGCUUCCUGAUGGUUACAUUUCCCCCUGGAGGUUGUUAUUCUCCACAAGCAUACAUGGGGAAAGCUUCACCCAACUGGUGGGUACCUGUAAAUGCCGGGGUCCCACCAUCUUGUUGAUGAAGGACACUAAAGGCCAUGUCUUUGGGGGCUUUGCUUCUCAAAGCUGGGAGAUCAAACCUCAGUUCCAAGGUGAUUCCAGAUGUUUCCUCUUUUCUGUGUUUCCUUUCAUGCGAGUGUUCACCUGCACAGGCUAUAACAAUCAUUACAUGUACCUGAACCAGGGCCAGCAGACUAUGCCUAAUGGCUUGGGCAUGGGUGGUCAGCACGGCUAUUUCGGGUUGUGGUUGGACUGCGAUUUCGGCCAUGGCCACAGUAGGGCUCGACCACGCUGUACCACAUAUGGCAGUCCUCAGCUUUCAGGAGAGGAGGACUUCAAACUGGACACCCUGGAGGUGUGGGGAGUUGGCAAGCCACCGGAAGAACAAGAGGAGGGUGAGAAUAAGAAAAGCAUACUAGUUGCAGAUCCUGAAGUUCAGGCCAUGAUGGAAAUGACAGGCAAGACCCUGCACAGCCAAGGCCUGAGAGAACCAGAGGAGGAUGACGGACAGUGA